AUGGUUUGCCAUAGCAUCAGAGAACUUGUCAACAGCGACGCCUCACUUAAGGUAAAAGUGAUCGUUGCCCAUAUUCUAGAAAAAUACGGGUACAUUAUAUCUUACCGGAAGGCGUGGAUCGCUAAGUGCAAGGCGGUAGAGUCGCUUUAUGGCAAUUGGGAAACAUCGUACAACGAAUUACCGCAGUGGAUACUGGUAAUGAAAACCUUUCUUCCAGGAACCAUUAUAGAUUUGCAAACCCUACCUGCAACAUCAAGUGAUGGUUCCCAAAACUCCGGAAAACAAAUAUCCCAUCGUCUGUUUUGGGCAUUUCGUCCAUGUAUACGUGGUUUCGCCUACUGUAAACCCAUUGUGCAAGUAGACGGGACAUGGUUGUACGGCAAGUACAGAGGAACUCUAUUGACGGCGGUGGCACAGGAUGGCAACGCAAAUAUUUUCCCAGUGGCAUUCACAUUGGUCGAAGGAGAAACAAAGGAAGUCUGGAGUUUUUUUUCUGAGGAACCUACGAUUACACGUGACACCACAACCGAAUUUAUGUCUAAUAUCUGA